AUGUAUGGACUCCGUCUAGGCCUAUCUAAUCCGCGUAAGUUGUGUAUUUGUCUCAAUGGCUGAUCUGAUCGACACGACCAGUCGUGUGGUGAUAAUACGCCACCUUCCUGCAGAUUUGAGCACUGAAGAAAAAGAAGACUUUCUGAAACAUUUUGGUGCAAAAUGCGUCAAGUGCAUGGGAACCACUGGACGAAUGAAACAUACAGCAUUUGCCACUUUCCCCAGUGAGGAGGAAGCUUGCAAGGCUAUAAAACGGCUGCACCAGUUGGAAAUACUAGGGCACAAACUAGUGGUGGAAUAUGCUAAGCAACAGCAUCAGGAGUUUGUGCCGUCUGAGUCAGAGUACAAAAGAUUAGACCCACUCAAAGACACCAAGGUGAGUGAGGUAGAGAAGAAGAAAAAGAAGAAACGGGACACAGUUGAUGACAGCCUAACAGAACUACAAAAGAAACUGGAUGCUGUGGCACCCCACUUGGGUCUUACUUAUGCAGCCAGUGCCAGGUUGCGAUACAGAUAUCCGCAGCCAAAUGUGACGAUACUCACCAAUAUAGCUAAUGCGCUGGCAUCGGUACCUAGGUUCUACACGCAGGUGCUGCAUCUGAUGAACAAGAUGAAUCUUCCUGCACCUUUCAGCGUCAUCACAGCGACCCCGGACGUGCCUCUAGGGCAGGAAGUUUUCGAAGGAAGACAGGAGGCAGAGGACAUGGAACUCGGCAGUUCUCCGGAAAGUUCCGAGCUGGAGAGCGAAGGCGAGAGGCGUGAUAAGCCUGAUCGGGUCGUACCGAUUUUGCAAAAACGGCCAGCGAGAAGGAAGGCGAGGCCAAUCGCUAAGCGACCGAGGUUGCAGCAGCUCAUCAAAAUGCCUGAAGCUCCACCUAGUGGGCACGUUUCGAAACCGGAAGAGGUGUUUGAGCUGCCAACCGGUCAGACGGCGAAGAAGUUGGAGAUAAGGAUAUCUUCAGAAACCGACGCUGCAAAUAGUAUGUUCGACGACUACUCGAUCGGUCACAUACCAGUGGUUGGAGGGAGAUUUCGGUCCAGUUUGCCGCCAACCUGA